AUACAUGACCCACAUUAUGUUAACACUUACAUCCCAACAGAAAAUCCAGUAAUUCACAAACCAAUGCAUUUAUUAUUCCCUCCAGAAAAGCCAAGCAAGCAUUAGUGCACUGCUAUUUCUCCUCUGCAUCAUUCAGAACUCAAAGCUUUUGCCUUAUGGCACCAUCUGUUAUGUUCAAUAAUGCACUCUCAAUAUGCACUGUUUUCUUGUUAAUUUUACCAAAAUUUAUUUUUUGUGCAAGUAAUGAGACUGAUCAUCUUGCUUUGCUAGCUAUAAAAUCAAGAAUUAUUCAUGACCCAAGUGGAAUCACAGCUGCAUGGAAUGAUUCACUGCAUUUUUGCAGAUGGGCUGGUGUUACUUGUGGCCAUCUUCACCAAAGAGUCACUGUUUUGAACUUGACUUCAUUAGGUUUGGUGGGUACUCUGUCUCCUCAUAUAGGUAAUCUCACUUUUCUUACUGGAAUUAAUCUUGAGGUGAAUGAUUUUUAUGGGAAAAUUCCUGAGGAAGUUGGCAAUUUGUUUAGGCUUAAGUACCUUAAUAUGAGUAAUAAUUCAUUUUCUGGUGAAAUCCCUAGGAAUAUUUCUGGUUGUUUGUCACUUGUGCAAAUUAGUUUAGGGUUUAACAGAUUGACAGGGAAAAUUCCAUAUGAGUUAGGUUCAAUGCAGAAGCUAGAAAAGAUGAAACUUCAUUAUAAUGGUCUUACUGGGUUGAUUCCUGAUUCUUUUGGUAAUCUUUCGUCGAUAAGUACAUUUUCUUUGUCAGUUAAUAAUUUGGAGGGAAAUAUACCUGCUUCACUUGCGAAAUUAAAGAACUUGCAGUUUCUUGGAAUUGGAUUGAAUAAGUUGUCAGGUGUGAUCCCUCCCUCGGUGUUUAAUAUUAGUUCUCUUGUGAAAAUUACUUUGCCUUAUAAUCAGCUUUAUGGUAGUUUACCAUCAACUUUGGGAUUUAGUCUUCCUAAUCUGCAAGUUCUUAAUCUUGGUCACAAUCUUAUAAGUGGAUCCCUUCCGGAGUCUUUGUCAAAUGCCUCUAAUCUUUUGGAAAUUGAUGUUGAUGGAAGCCAAUUUACCGGAAAAGUUUCUGUUGAUUUUGGAGGAUUACCUAAUCUAUGGUGGCUGGUUUUGUCUUCUAACCAUCUCGAGGGAGAUUUGAGUUUUAUGAAGUCGCUUACUACAUGUAGAUUGUUGAAAAUGCUUGUUCUGAGUGAUAAUCAGUUUGAAGGGGUCUUGCCUAAUGCUAUAGCUAAUCUAUCAACUGAACUUUUGACUCUAAGAUUGGGUAGUAAUAAAUUAUCUGGAAGUAUACCUUCUGCGAUUGGGAAUCUAGUCAACUUAACUGAAUUACAAUUGCAGACGAACAAAUUCAGUGGAAGCAUUCCUAAGUCUAUUGGUAAUUUAAGAAUGUUGAGGCGAUUGAAUUUAUCAGAAAAUGAACUUUCAGGAAGCAUUCCACCUUCCCUCUCUAGCAUACCUCAGUUGUAUUCUCUCCAUCUUGAAAAAAAUCGUCUGAAUGGAACAGUUCCUCCUACCUUUGGGAACUUUCAGUACUUGCAAGAUCUAGACCUGUCCCAGAAUACACUUGAUGGUACCAUACCAGAAAGUAUUAUGGGACUUUCUUCCCUUACCAUUUCAUUAAACCUCGCUCAAAAUCAUCUGAAUGGCUCUCUACCUUCUAAGAUUGGUGCUCUAAUAAACCUCGCGUACUUGGAUGUUUCUGAUAAUAUGUUGUCUGGUGAAAUUUCAUCUAGCCUCAGUAGAUGUCUUGCCUUAGAACACCUCCAUAUGGAAGGAAAUUUUUUUCAAGGUUCCAUUCCUCCGUCAUUCAAAUUUCUAAAGGGUCUUCAGGUCAUGGAUGUUUCACGUAACAACUUGUCUGGCAAACUCCCAAAUUUCCUUCAGAUCAUCUCACUGAAGAAACUAAAUUUGUCAUUUAACCGCUUUGAGGGAGAAGUUCCAAGAGAAGGGAUUUUCAGAAAUAGGACUGCAGUUUCCAUUGAUGGGAAUCGCUACCUAUGUGGUGGUGUUCCUGAGUUUCACUUGGUGUCAUGCCCACAGAAUGAAGAGGAGAAAGGCAAAACAUUUUUCGGUCUGAAGCUACUAAUCCCAAUACUUACUGGGCUUCUAGCACUUGUUUUGUUGAUGUCGAUUUUGAUUAUUAGGCGGCUAAGAAAAACUAAAAAAGAGCCUUCUAUAGCAUCUUCAUCAACAAGAGGUUUCUUUAUGAAUGUUUCCUAUCAGAAUCUAUAUGAAGCUACAGGGGGUUUCUCCUCAACUAAUUUAAUUGGUAGUGGAAGCUUCGGCUCUGUUUAUAAAGGAGUACUUGAUCCUGAUGGAACUGAUGUUGCAGUGAAAGUACUUCACCUCUAUCAAAGAGGGGCUAUAAAAAGCUUCAUUGCUGAGUGUGAGGUUUUGAGGAACACAAGACAUCGGAAUCUUGUCAAAGUCUUAACAGCUUGCUCAAGUAUUGAUUCUCAAACUAAUGAGUUUAAAGCUCUCGUGUACGAGUAUAUGCCUAAUGGAAGUUUGGAAAGUUGGCUGCAUCAUAUAACAAGACCAGAUGAAGCUUUUAACGAACCAAGAACAUUAAACCUUUUCCAAAGGCUAAAUAUUGCUAUUGAUGUAGCUUCUGCAUUAGAUUAUCUCCAUCACCAAUGUCAUAAACCAAUUGUUCAUUGUGAUCUUAAGCCUAGCAACAUUCUUCUUGACAAUGAUAUGACGGCUCAUGUGGGUGAUUUUGGGUUAGCGAAGUUCAUUCCAGACAGCAAUUCUAAAUCUUACUCAAAUCAAAGCAGCUCUGUUGGAUUGAGGGGUACUAUUGGUUAUGCUCCUCCAGAGUAUGGCAUGGGAAGCAAACUCUCCCCAGACGGUGAUGUCUAUGCGUAUGGAAUUCUCUUGCUUGAAAUGUUCACCAGGAAAAGGCCAACUGACAGCUUGUUUGUUGAAGGAUUGGAUCUGCACAAGUUUGUCAAAACCAGCCUGCCUGAUCAAAUAACCAAUAUUGUAGAUCCAACACUUUUGUCUGCUCUAGAAGUUGACAAUGAGAAUGAUGAUGAGGAGACAGUAGCUAUGAAUAAUUUGGGCAUGGAACAACUGAAUGUUGAUCAAAUGCAGGAAUGCUUGGCCUCCAUACUCAAUAUAGGAGUCGCUUGUUCAGGAGAAUCACCUAGAGAAAGAAUGGACAUCGGAGAUGUCAUCAAAGAAUUGCAGCUAAUCAAAGAAAUCCUUCGCGCAUCAGGAAUGAAUUUCAGUUCUAUCAGCCAGAGCACGAAGUUUGAAGGUUCUUCCAGUCGAUCAGCAGCGACUAACUGGAAAAAUGUCCUGUGAUGCAUUUGGAUACGCACCAAAUUCAUAGACUGUAGUUUAAUAGUAGAUAUCACUACAUUGAGUGAUUCAGAUAGAUGAGUGCUGCUCUUGUACUUGUAAUGAAACUGCAAAUUUUUCUAAUUUUUUGGCGAAAAAUAUCUGUUUAUGUAAUUAGGAGUCGGAAAUAAGUCAUAAAUUGACUUAAAACCGGGCGUUAAUUUGAGGUACUUUUGUAAAUGAAUUAGUUUUUUUAUUUUUUA